CAAAGAAUUUCGUAGUGCUGAACUCUCCUGAGGCAAUACUAAUGAGAAGAGAGCAGAGGUUUCUGGAAGGAGAUAAAAGGGCUGCGCAGCAAACGGUGCCUACAGUCAAGAAGGAGCGAGGGCAGCUUUCCUCGGAGAGAAUAACUUCAGAAAACUUAGAGAAGGACUGCACAACUUUCAAUCCUGAAAAGGCAUCAUGGCUGAAAACCAGAACUACAAUGAUCUUUUACACAAGAAUUCAUAUGUCUUUUAUAGGUAUCCGCUGACGCUGGUCCGUGGAAUCCCCCUGAUGGAACCUAUUGCAAAUCAAUGGGAUCCCAUUGAAAACUUUCAGGCAAGACCAGAUGACUUGAUCAUCUCAACUUAUCCUAAAGCAGGUACCACAUGGAUGCAAGAAAUUGUGGAUCUAGUAUUGAACAAAGGUGAUUUGGAAAAGGCACACAGGGCCCCCAUAUACGUGCGGAUCCCGUUUUUAGAAAUCUGCUCUCCACCUCCUAUGCCUUCUGGAGUUGAUAAAUUGGUGAAUGCUCCGUCUCCUCGUGUGAUCAAGACCCAUCUCCCCUACCAGCUUGUUCCUAAAAGCUUUUGGGAAAAUAACUGCAAAAUGAUCUACGUUGCUCGCAAUGCCAAGGAUAAUCUGGUAUCCUAUUACUUCUUUGACCAGAUGAAUUUAACUCAGCCAGAUCCAGGGACCUGGGAAGAGUAUCUUACAAAAUUCAUGGAAGGCAAAGUUGCCUGGGGAUCUUGGUAUGAUCAUGUACGGCGUUAUUGGGAUGAGAAAGAUAAUCAUCGUAUUCUCUACGUCUUCUAUGAAGACAUGAAAAAAGAUUUAGCCCAUGAAAUCCACCGUGUAAAAGAUUUCCUGCAGGUCGACUUGUCUGAAGACAUUGUUCAGAAGAUAGUGCAUAAGGCAACAUUUGAAAUCAUGAAGGAGAAUCCCAUGGCAAAUUAUGAAACCGUACCCAGUUCCCUCUUUGACAAGUCAAAAAGCUCCUUCAUGAGGAAAGGUACAGUUGGUGAUUGGAAGAAUUAUUUCACAGUGGCUCAAAGGGAGGUAUUUGACGCACAUUACCAGCAGAAGAUGAAAGGGACAAGUUUACAUUUCCAGGAAGAAUGACAGACUCAGGAAAUGAUCUUCUCUGGGACUUGAUCAAAGAGUAAAAUACAGUCCCUUGCAGUACACUAUUGUUGCAAUAAAUGAGUUUGCUAUUAAAAAUGA